AAUAUCUUGUUUAUUUGUUAUUCAAUAUCUAUUUUAAAUAUUAAUUUAAUUUCUUGGUCAAUUACUAAUUGACAAUACUGAUCAUGUUGAUGAAUCAUCCAUCAAAUUCACUUUGAAAAAAAAAUAAAUAAAUAUGCGUGCGCGCAUUUGUGUUUACUUGUCUAUUAUUAUGUUUAUUUUUUCUAAAUCAUUUUGACAUACGUGUCAAGUGUAGAACAUCAAAAACAAUUAUUCUUUUAAUCUAGUUGAUUUCAUCAUAUCAGAAUUUAUUCACGUGAUAAUACUUUACUAAAAUUACUGACUUAUCUAAAAGUGUAUUAACAAAAUAAAAUUUAUUAUCACGAUAGCUAUAUUGUAAAAUGGUCAACUCAGAAAAAAUAAUAAUAAUAGGAGCUGGUGCAGCUGGUAUAUCAGCUGGAUGUCAUCUUUACAAACAUGGAUUUAAAAAUUUAACAAUAUUAGAAGCAAAAAAUAGAAUUGGUGGACGAAUUAAUACUGUUGAAUUUGGAGAUAAUGUUGUUGAGUUGGGUGCUCAAUGGGUUCAUGGAGAAAAAGGAAAUAUUGUUCAUAAACUUGCUCAACCAUUGGGAUUGCUUGAAUCAUCAUAUAAUUUAAAUGAUUUUAAUAAAAAUACAUUUGUAAAUUCUCAAGGUGUUGUCAUGCCAAAAUCAGAAAGUGCUGAAGUUUGGAAAUUUUAUUAUAUGAUAAAUGACAAAGCUGAGGAAGAUUUAAAAGAUGCAAUUGGUUCUUAUGGUGAUUAUUUUAUAAAAGAAUUUUACAAGUAUUUAAAUGAUAAUAAAUUUACUGAUGAUACAAGAGCCAAAGAAUAUCUUGAUUGGAUGGAAAAAUUUGAUAAUUCAAUGCAAUGUAGUGACACAUGGUUUGAAGUAUCUGCAAGAGGUUUGUCAGAUUAUUGGCUUUGUGAAGGUGAUCAUUUACUAAACUGGAAAGAUCGAGGAUAUAAAACAGUAUUUGAUUUGUUGAUGCAUAGAUAUCCAGAUGCUUCACAAAGUAUUCCAAUAUUAGAUACAGUUAAAUUUUCAAAUGAAGUAUCAUCAAUUGAUUAUUCAACAGAUAAAGUUACAGUUACAACAACAAAUGGAAAUAAAUUUAUUGCUGAUAGUGUUAUAUUUACAGCAUCACUUGGAGUAUUGAAAGAUCAACAUUUGUCAUUAUUUAAACCUCAGUUAUCUAAUAAAAAAAUUUUAUCAAUUGAGGGAUUGGGAAUUGGAUCAGUUAAUAAAUUAUUUCUUGAAUUUCCUCAUCGUUGGUGGCUUGAAGAUUCAGCUGGUUUUGGUUUUAUUUGGACUGAACAAGAUAAAAAAGAAUUUCUUGAAAAACAACCGAAAAAUCUUCAUUGGCUUAUUGAUGUUUUUUCAUUUUUCACUGUUGAUUGUCAGCCUCGUGUACUGUGUGGCUGGAUAACUGGUGAAAGUUCAAGAUUCAUUGAGACUCUUAGUGAUGAUGAGGUCAAAGAUGGUCUUUGUGAUUUGUUGGAUAAAUUUUUGGGCAAACACUAUAAUAUUCCUGCACCUGAUAAAUUUAUAAGAUCAAAAUGGUACACAGAUAAACACUUUAGAGGAUGCUACAGUCAUCAAAGCAUUAAAACUGAUCAGCUUGGUGCUAGUGCUCGUGAUUUAGCUGAACCAAUUUUAUCAAAAUUAAACAACAAACCUGUGAUACUAUUUGCUGGUGAAGCAACUCAUGAUCAUUAUUAUUCAACUGUUCAUGGUGCUGUUGAAUCGGGUAUUCGUGAAGCUGACAGACUUAUUGCCUACCACAGACAGGUGUCUAAGAAUGAUGAUAAACAAGUCGCCGAGAAAACAACUUUGGCAAUAAUUGGAGCUGGAUUAGCUGGUUUGUCUGCUGCAAAAACACUUGAGGAACAUAAAUUUUAUGAUUACAUUUUGCUUGAAGCUCAGGACUAUAUUGGUGGAAGAAUAAAAUCUAUAGCUUGGAAUGAUAAUUGGAUAGAAGAAGGAGCACAAUUUUUGCAUGGUGAUAAUAGUACAUUUGGUAAAAUUUGUCAUGAAAAUAAUUUAAUAGCUGAUACAGAAUCAGGUGAAGGUGAAGGUUUAUAUAUUACAAGUGAUGGUAGACACAUUGAUAAACAAUCAAUUCAAAUGAUUGAUGACCUAGUGCGAGACACUCUAGAAGAUUGUGAAAAAUAUGUUGAUGAAAUUGAUGAAAAAAUACCUGAAAGCAUUGGUCAUGUGCUUCGAAAUGCCAUGGAUAAUUUUAUGAAUGAUAAAAAUAAUUCAAAAGAAUUUAGUGAAAUAAUUUAUGACUGGAAUGUUAGAUAUUUACUUAUUGAUAAUUCUUGUGAUAAACUUGAAGAUUUAUCAGCUAAAAAUUGGGGUAAAUUUAGAUUUGUUGGUGGACCUGAACAUUUAAUAUUUAAUAAUGGUUAUAGUUCAUCUGUUAAUAUGAUUUCUGAUAGUUUAAAAAACAAAGUAAGACUUAAAAGUUUAGUAAAACAAAUUAAGUGGCAGACAAAUGAUGAAAAAAAAAAUCCAAUUACUUUAGUUAUGAAUGAUAAAAAAAUUAUUGCUGAUUGUGUUUUAGUAACUUCGUCAUUGGGAUAUCUCAAAGAAAAUCCUGAUAUGUUUAUUCCACAUUUACCUGAUGAUUUACGUAUGGCUAUUGAUUCACUCGGUUUUGGUGUGAUGAAUAAAAUUUUAUUAGACUUUGGCAAGCCAUGGUGGGAUCCUGGUUUUGAAGGUAUACAAUUUUUGUGGCAUGAAGAAAAUGAAAAUAGUGAUGACAGUAUAAAAUUAGCUCCAUGGACAAGAUACCUGACUGGUUUUGAUGUUCUUCAAAAUCAGGAGACAGUUUUACUUGGCUGGGUAGGUGGAAAAGGUGCAAAAAUUAUUGAAGAUCUCAGUGAGCAAGAAGUUGCAAAUGACUGUAUUGAUGUGUUGAGAUUUUUUAUGAAAAAAAAUACUUUACCAGCACCAAAACGUUGUAAACGUUCACAGUGGGGACAAAAUAAAUUUAUCAAAGGAAGUUACAGUCACAUUUCAACAAAAUGUGAUGAAAAUUUUGUCUCUCCAAGAUCUCUUGCUCGACCAAUAUGGGGAACCAUUAUUCAAAAUAAUAAACCAAAGAAUGUUCCUGUUGUGAUGUUUGCAGGAGAAGCAACAUCAGAACAUUAUUAUUCAACUACUCAUGGAGCAUUUGAUUCUGGAAAAAAUCAAGCACUUGAGUUUUUACGUCACCAUGUUGGUUUUUUACACCAAGUCCAUGUUGGUGAUAAUUAA